AUGGCAGAAGCUCAGAAGUGCGUCCACAAAGGAUGCGGGAAGGUGUUCACGGAUCCAGACGAGGAAUGCGUAUAUCAUCCUGGCCCUCCGGAGUUUCAUGAGGGACAGAAAGGCUGGAUGUGCUGCAAACCCCGCGUUCUCACCUUCGACGAAUUCCUCUCCAUUCCACCCUGCACAAAGGGCAAGCACUCGACUGUAGAUGAUACCCCGGCGCCCACCCCCAAAGCCGACGCCUUGAAAGCCUCAGAUAUUGUCGCCGCCGCCCCCAUACCUUCCCCAGUACCCAUUACUCGGCCCCUGGGGUCUAGUCUCGCGACCGCCCAACAGCCCACACCCUCAGCUACACCGAAACCGGAACCGCCCGAAGACGAAUCUGACGAUCCAGAUGCUGAAAUCCCCUCUAGCGCGACAUGUAAAAGACGAGGUUGUGGGAAGUCAAGAGAACCGAAUGUGCCGCGAGACGAGGAGGAAUGUGUUUACCAUCCCGGCGUCCCCCUUUUCCACGAAGGCAGUAAGGGCUGGACAUGUUGCAAGAGACGGGUCCUCGAGUUUGACGAGUUCAUGAAGAUCGAGGGCUGCAAAACCAAAAAGAGGCACUGCUACAUAGGGAAGCCGAAAAAGAAGGAAGGGGGCACAACUGACGGAGAAACGUCGGCAGACACUGAGCAACUUCUGGAAAACGUCCGCAGUGAUUUCUACCAGACUGUCAACAGCGUCAUUGUCAGCUUCUACCUCAAAAAGAUCGAUAAGGAAAAGGCCCGGGUCGAGUUCACGGACGAUGGCCUGUCGGUGGAUUUAGAUCUACCCACGCAGGACGGAAAGAGAUUCACGAGGAAUAUACCACUUUUUGCUCCCGUUGACCCGGACAAAUGUCAAUUCAAGAUCAUGGGCACCAAGCUGGAACUUACUCUGGCGAAGAAAGACGGGGCCAUCAGUUGGUCGACACUGAGGAGUGAUGAGAAGGGAACUGGAGAAAGGAUUCAGUUGGGAAGGGCUGGCAGGUUGGAGCGCAGUUGA